AUGAAUUAGAUAUAAAGUAUCCAAGAUCUUAAACUCAACUAAGAAGAAUUCUUCAUCCUAUCAAACAAAAACUACAGAAGUUGUCCUAGACAUCCUAAUAAUUGGAUUGUUUCAUUAAACACUAAUCCUAAUUCUAGUCAAUUCAUUCAAUGCGCUUAAUGUUUAUCUGAGAAUCCCAAUUAAUAUUCUUUGAAUUUAGUUGGACUCAUUACGGAAAAUGAAAAAACUGUUUUUAAGAACUACCCAGUUUAUGGCGAUAAUGAGCUUUACGAAAAACUUAAGCAAAUCUUUGAGGCUGAUUGCUCUAUUGAUGGAUUGCAAUCUAAAAUUUCAUCUUUUUUCUUAAACUUAAGAAAGUAAAUCGACCAAAAAAUAAUACUUAAAGAAGAACAAAUGAUGAGCUAAGCAAAGUCAAUAUAGAGCUUUAAUGAACAGGUAAUUAUUUAACAUAAUAAAUUAGCCGAAAAGGAAUAGCUUAAGAAUAUCAUUACCAAUUUCAAAGAUGACCUUGACAAGUAAAAUGAGCUUUUUAAAGAAUUGUUCACUCGAAUUUCUACUAACUAGAAAAAAUAUUAAGAAGAAUUGAAUGAAAAGAUUGAUUUCUUCGAAACUUAAAAAUCAAUGAUUAAUUUUGAAACAGCAGAAAGUAUUAACUAGAAUAUUUUGCAAUUAAUUGAUUCAAUUGAUAUGUUUGUUAUCAAAAACUUUGAAGAUCUCAAAAUUGAUAAUUCAAAAGAAAAGUUAGAAUUUUAUGUAAAAGAUAUUUAAAGUAAAGACAAAAAUGAAAUGACAACAAGCUAGAUAAUAACUAAGCUAAUUAGUAAUAGAUAUAAUUGUUGCUCUCAGGAGUUAACUAAAGAAUUACAAAAAAUAGUGUUCAAGUUAUCAAACAGUAUUGAUAGAGUUGACAUUAAAAACCUUUUAAAUGAAGAUUUAUUAGAAUUUGAAUUUGAUAAAAUGAAUGAUGAAUAAUUUGAUUAAAUUAAGGAAUUGUCUAGAUACUUCAUUACACAAUAAAAUAAUAAUGUAAAAAAUUAAAAUGUUAAUUAAAAACUAAAAACAAAAGUAAAAAUUAAUUGA